AUGCCAGCUACCCCCAAAUCACCCAGAUCUAAAAAGUCGACCAGUAUCAGCAAGCCCAAGGGCGCAGUGCGCGCCAAGUCAGGCUGCUAUACGUGCAGAAUUCGUCGUAAGAAAUGCGACGAGAAACGCAUGGGAAACCAGGAGGAAGGUCCUUGUGAGACAUGCUUUCGACUCAAGUUGGAAUGCUUGGGGUUCGGCGCUAAACGACCCGACUGGCUGAGGGAAACCUCACGGGUCUCUGAGAUUCGAGACCGCAUCAAGGCUCACCUUGCCGCCCAAGGCAUGAUUAAAGGUCAUGCUGGGUCGGGCUCAAGGAGUGCUGUUCAGGAGGACAUUUUGCGCCUCAGUGACUAUCGAGAGGGAGACAUGAUCUAUCCUAGCGCUGGAUCAUCUUCCUCUUCGAGUAGCCCACGGCGAGGAGACAGUAUGGAGAGCGAUCAGCCAUAUGGCUACGCUCCCCAUACUGCCUCUCGUCCAAUGUUUGAUCAUCACCGGUAUGAUCAACAUGACCACCUUGAACAAUACCCUGUUCAUUCAGAUAUUCCGUCUCGAAGUGAUAGUCCGUGUGAUACUGCUAUGAAUUCUUCUGUAUAUGAUGAAGGACGCGACCAAUCGUUGUACCUGUCUCUAACUCGUUACGAUAACAUUGAAACGCCCGCCAGACGGAGUACAUUCUCCAAGAAUGGGCUAUACGAAUUCUCUUUCGACAACCUCUAUACCAUUGAGCCGGAAGAGCCGGCCCCUCGAACAUUUGGUAUCUCCUAUGUGUACCCUUCGAAUCACAUCCCUUCCAAACUCCUCAACGACUCACUGAAAAACUACGUCGAUAACGUCGUCAAGAUUCAAUAUCUUCUGGGCGACAGACAAAUUCUUCCCAAUAUGAUCUGGGAAGCAAUCAACAAUCACGAUGAUUCGAAAGAGGCCGUGACGCUUCUAUCGAAAGCAUACUACAGUCGCCAGUUGGACCCGCAAGUCCCUGUGCUCAGCGACCGCGAAUUCGAAAUGCCAAUCACUACGCUGAAGGUUUCACUGGCGUCAAAGAAGCGGGAGACCAGAUUCAAUUCAGACGAUGCCAUGACCGCUCUGCAUGUUGUUUCUUUGUACCUCUUCGAUGGCGGAGGCGGAGACUGGCUCACAUUCCUCAAUCUUGCUGUCUCUUAUACCGAGCACGUGCUGAAAAGCCCCGCUAACCCCGCCUUCCUCGACAAUUAUCCUGCUACCCUCGAGGCCGCCAGUGCCAAAGACGAGUUUGUGGUCAAGACCACGAUCUGGUUUGACGUCCUCGCAUCGAUCACGACACAGAAACCGCCGCAGCUGCUGUCAUAUAUCCGCGAAUUGUUCAGACCGAACCUGAGCUGGGUCGGCACGCCACAAUCGUACUCGAUGAUGUCGCCAAUGGGCUGCCAGAACCAAGUCGUCUGGGCGCUUGCGGAGACCUCGUACCUCUCGUACUGGAAGAAGAUCCAGCAGCAGCAGGGUACACUCAGCAUCGCUGAUCUCGUGCGCCGUGUUGCGGACAUCGACGUGUAUCUGGAGGAGGGCCCGCUGCCAGAGCGGCCUCAGAAAGAUGAGGAGGACUGGACGCGUUAUCUGGCGUCUGAGAUCUUCCGCACAGCGACGCGUUUGUUCCUACGGACGGUCGAGUCGGGCGACUAUCCAAAGGUUACGGAGAUCAGGCAGGCAGUCUACCGGACGUUCCAGGCCAUCCGCAACUUCCCCAAGUAUCUCGACGGGUCACAUCAGUCGGCAGUCGUGCGGAGCACCGUGUUCGGAAUCUUCAUCUGCGGGGCGCUUAGCGACGACCCGGAGCUGCGGAAUAUGCUCAAAAUUCAGCUAGAGCAGAACCAGGGUGGUGUCAAUGGUGUCGGGAACUGCGGUGUGACAUCUGGUCUUCUCGAUAAUCUUUGGUUUAAUCGUAGGCCAAACGAUGGUCAGCCGGUGAAGUGGCGGGAUAUCUUGAAAGUUAACCAAAUCCUGCUCGUCUAA